ACGGGUCCGCCGUGUUAGCCACACCAGGACAUCAAGGGAUCACAGAGCCUCCAAUUCCAAGUCGGGUACAUCGGAAAUGUCCAAGAUGAUGCUACCCAACACGGGCAGUUGGACGCUUUGCGGCGCUGUCCUUCUCUUCGUCCUGCCGCUGAUCCCCACGCCGGAGGCACUGCAGCACACGGAGGAGGGUCUCGAGAUGCUCUUCCGCGAGCGUUCGCAAUCGGACUGGGAGAACGUGUGGCACCAAGAGACGCACUCUCGCUGCCGGGACAAGCUCGUCCGUCAGCUGUAUUGGGCCUGCGAGAAGGAUAUUUACCGACUUACGCGGCGCAACAAAAAGAGGACAGGCAAUGAUGAGGCCUGGAUCAAAAAGAGCCCCACGGACCCUGAUGGAUCCACCUGGCUGCACGUCAACUAUGCCAAUAUGUUCCUGAGAAGUCGCCGAUCGGAUGGUCAUACUCCAUCGAUCUCGAAUGAAUGCUGCACCAAGGCGGGUUGCACCUGGGAGGAAUACGCCGAGUACUGUCCUUCAAACAAACGACGCAAUCACUAUUGA